AUGGAAUAUCAGCAAAAACUCACCAAGUUUUUGGCCCAAUACUACAUGAACGGCAACCAGCACUGGAAACCACAUGGGAAACCAUUGCUUAACAAGCAGCACUCACAGUAUCACUGGGGUCGCCUGAAUAGAGAACCCAGCACGCUUCUGUUCCCGCAGAUCAGCGCGCUGAAGGGCAGCAGCUACAGAGAGGCAAUGGAUAGCCGGCCACCGCUGGUCAUCAAUGUGGAUAGCCCUGGACCAGCUGCCUACUCACCCCCCACCAUGAGCUGCAGGGAGAGCAGUGCUCCAGCCUACAGUUUUGGGAAGAAGACACCCCCUAGAGAGGGUGGAGGCCGCAGAUCCUGGCAGAAGUCCUGGUUCCAGAGCAAAAGCCCCUUUACCAGGAAGGCAGAUUUUAACACUGAGCACAAUUGGCCGUCUCCAUUCCACUACACUCAGCCCUCGACCCUGGGCCCCCGGCAGGCCAGCAGACCAGGGUACCCGAGCUACAGCAUUGGGAGAAAGGGGAAAUUCAGCCUGGUCAGCAAAGGGAACACGCCAGGACCAGGAUUGUAUGAUGUUGAGAAGGGGCACAUAGCUCGUUUGCCCAGCUCUCCAAGUGUCAUCAUCCAGGGCAUCAGAAGACCUAAGAGACAUGAAACCGGGCCCUUCACAACUCUCUGA